AUAAUUGAGUUAGGCAAGAGUGGAAUGAGCUCAUUCCCUUGACGCCCUCGGUUCGUGGAUCAUCAAGAAGAAUGAAGUUCUCCAUCGCUCUCGUCGCCGUCCUCGCGCUCGUCGCCGCCUCCCAAUCCAGGGAGACUGGCCUUCGUUCGUUCAAUGGCUACCAAGUCUUCACGGUUGAGGUGACCACUCAUGGUCAGCUUGAACUCUUGAGGAGUCUGUAUCUCGGUGGUGACUACGACUUCUGGACGACCCCUCGCGGUCUUGGAUUCACCGAUGUGAUGGCAGCCCCCCAACAAGUCGCUGCUUUUACCUCCAUCAUGGACAAGGCUGGCAUCAAGUUCACCGUUAAGGUCCCCGAUGUCGAAACUUUGGUGCGAGAGGAACGCGUCGCGAACCAGAAGGCUGGCAGUGAACGUAUCUCAUGGGACAGGUAUCCACGAUUUGCUGAGAUUGAAACCUGGUUGAACGGACUAUCCAGCCAAUACGCCACCGUGUCCGUUAUCGGCCGCUCCUACAACGGUUUGGCCAUCCACGCCGUCAAGUUCUCGACGGGAGGAGCCCCCAAGAAAUCUGUCAUCAUUGACGCCAACAUACACGCCCGAGAAUGGAUCGCUGGAGCCACCGCGACCUGGAUUAUCAACGAGCUCAUCACCAACACCGCGGCGUACAUGAACGUCCUGAACGAGAUUGAUAUCCACGUUAUCCCUAUGGUCAACCCAGACGGGUAUGAAUUCUGCCACACUGGGGACCGACUUUGGAGAAAGACCCGCUCCGUCACGUCCGGCUCUGCUUGUUUGGGAUGUGACCCCAACAGGAAUUUCGCAUUUAUGUUCGGCGGAGAAUCUACUUCACCAAAUCCUUGCAGCGACAUCUACCACGGUUCUGCGGCUUUCUCAGAAAGCGAAACCACCGCCGUUCGAGACUACAUCGUCGCCCAGGAGGCCGCCGGUGCCCGAUUCCUCGCCUACUUGACGUUCCAUUGCUACGGAAAUGUCUGGCUUCUCCCAUGGGGUUAUACAGCCGGCGUCUACCCACCAGAUUAUGAUCAGCAGUUGAGCUUGGGUCGGGCUGCCAUCGCUGCUCUGCAAGCCGUUCACAAUACCCGUUAUCAAACUGGACAGGGUGCCGACCUGCUUUACGGAGUCGGUGGUGCUUCCGACGAUUGGGCCAAGAAUCACGGUAUCAAAUACACAACCACGGUCGAAAUGCGUGGCAACAGUUUUGUCCUUCCACCAGCCCAAAUUAUUCCAAAUGCUCAAGAGGUUUGGGCCGCCGUUCAAGUCUACUUCCAACGCGUUAUCGAAACCCCAUAAACAAUUCCACCCAAUUACACAGAGUUUACAUAGUUUCUGAACAUGACGUGUCAAUUAACUACAAAAUUGCAUUAAUAAAUUCGCAAAGAGAACUCAAA